AUGGCGUCCACAGAGUUGACCCUGAUCCUCGCAGCAACGCGCAACAUGGGCAUCGGCCGCGCCGGUGGCCUGCCUUGGACCGGCCUGAAGAAGGAGAUGGCAUACUUCGCUAGAGUCACCAAAAGGCUACCACAUGACGUACAACCGCCCGCUGUCAACGCAGUCAUCAUGGGCCGCAAGACAUGGGACAGCAUACCGCCCAGGUUCAGACCACUCAAGGGCCGACUGAACAUUGUCAUCAGCCGGUCCCAUCCGGAGGCAGCGGCGGCGCCAGGGGUGGAGAAACUGGACCUGGACACGGAGCCCGUCCGGGUCAGCUCGCUGGAGCGGGCCGUCGCGUACGUCAACGAGCAGGGCGGGAGCAUUGGUCGCGUCUUUGUCAUUGGCGGCGCGCAAAUCUACACGGCGGCCCUGCAGCUCAAGGAGGCCAAACGUAUCCUGCUGACCAAGAUUGACACGGACUUUGAGUGUGAUGCCUUUUUCUCACUCCGGCUCUUUGAGUCUCAGGGCGAUAGCAAAUGGGCCAAGUGUUCCAAGGAGAAUAUGGAUGUAUGGACCGGCGAGACGGUGCCGGAGGGUGUGCAAGAAGAGAAUGGCACGCAGUAUGAGUUUCAAAUGUGGGAGAAGGUAGAGUAA